AUGAAAGGUAUUGAACAAUUGAACAUGUAUCCAAAAUCAAUUUAUAUAUACGAUAUGGAACAAUUUCAAUACGAGCAGAAUACUCUUAUUGAAGUUUUAAAGAAAUCUCCGGGAACUCAUGCUUGUUUUUCUCAGAGCAGCGAUCUGGACUCCGAAACAAUGCUGAAAUUUUAUAUUAAUUCUAAUGUCAAGUUUGAUCAUUUAGAAUUGUCAUAUUUCCUGAAUCCACUCACAUUACCACUUAUUGCCACAAGUAUUAAGCUACAUGGCACUAGAUUGAAUAAUUAUGCAAUUCCCGGUGUCAAAAAGCUUUCACUUUUUCAAAACUCUAGUGGCGACAGGGAUCAAAUUUAUACUUUUUCUUCCGAUUUGGAGGAUUUGUAUAUUUCUGCUCGAGAAUCGAUUCAAGUAACUUUACCUCCAAAUUUGCGGAAACUACUGAUAUCUGCAGGUCCGAGCCUGGUAGAUCUUGUAUCUGAAGAAAUGGUUAAUUUAGAAUACUUUCUGCUUAUGUUUCCGAAUAUUCAAUCAUUUAGCGAAACUGGAAUAAUUGCUCCAAAUUUAAAAAAUCUAGUUUUAAUACAUUGCCACAUUUCUAAUUAUGAUGGUUUAAAACAGUUCCAACAUUUAAAGGAUUUAGAAUUAAAAUGCCUUAGUUUUCCUAUGAGUUUAUUUAAUGAUGGUUGUUUACCUGAGUUAGAAAGUUUUACAUGCAAGGAAUGCUUGAUUCACAAUACAGGAGAUUUUGACAAGUCAUUAUCAAUUUUUCCUCCAAAUUUGAAGACAUUAGAACUCGAAACUUGCAAGUUUGUAAAUACCGAAUUUAGCAAUUGGGUACUUUCUGAUACAUUGGAGAUCUUACGUAUUUCUGAUCUGCCCUUUAAGGAUGGUUUUUUGGGUGAGUAUCUAAAGGAUGUCGACGUUAGUGGGAACGAACUCACACUUGAUAGUAACUUUAGAAUCUUUCAUAUGGUCGAAGAAUUCACUUUGUACCCCUAUUAUCUAACUUUUGAAAGUCUGGAUUUUAUGUAUCAUUUACCAAAUAACAUCUUACGAUUGCACUUGAUUUCCAACGGAGAGGGAAAGAUGAGCCCUCUUACUCAAAUGGUUAAAUGGCCGCUGAUGUUGACUGAUUUCGCAUUUCGAAAUUUUAAUAUUGAUAAUCAGACAUUGGAGCUAUUGAAUAUGAAAGAAUCCAACCUUGAGAUAAUUAAAAUUUGUGGAGGCGAUGUCAAAAAGUUAUUUGCAGACUUAUUUCCCGUUAGCGUUAAAGAUCUAUCCUUGAAUGAUAUGGGCAUCCAGAAAUUACCAGAUUCAUUUGAAAAUUUAGAAAACUUAAGAAGUUUGUCUUUAUUUGAAAACCAACUAAGAAAAGUAAAUUCUUUAAAAUUGCCAGUGUCAACAUUGCAGACAUUGAAUGUUUGUCGAUGUAACCUUCAUUUAAUAUCGCCAUUUUUGGUUUCAAUGCUCGAGGAAAAGAACAAAAAUGCAGAAUUAGAAAUUUGCGCUUGGGGGAAUACAAAUAUUAGUGUCAUUGAUAUAAGAACAGCAUUGAAAUCAAUUAAAGGACUUUCAUUAGAGGUCGAUGAUUUUGAUAAAACAUUGACAGAAAUAUCAAAACAUUCUUCUCGUUUACAAUGUAAGUAUUUUGUAUAUGAUCCUUAUUCUAAGGAGUCUAAAUCUUCUGCAACAGAAGAGGUUGCCCUUGACUAUGAUCCAGAUGAUCUUUACGAUGGAAGUGAUAGUAGUUUGGAUGAAGAAGAUGCCGGUGGUGAUAUCAAAAGAAGAAAAAUGUAA